CUAAUCGUAAAGGUAUACAUCGAACCUUAUUUGGAGUAACGAAAAAAUUUUUUGGUAAUAAACCAGGUGUACAAAAUCCUGCUUCCUCAUUAAAUUCUGUUGUUUAUGGCCCAGAUGCUCCUGAGCUGCAAGUACGGAAGCUGGGAGACUUAGCAUUUAUGUUUCAGCUUUAUGAAGUUGCAUAUCAGGCUUAUCAUAAUGCAAAGAGGGACUUUAGUGCUGACCAGGCCUGGCUUCAUUUUGCUGGAGCUUCUGAAAUGGCGGCAUUGUCUGUAUUUAUGCAAAAUAGCUCUGUUCAUGAGUAUCCAGCUCGCUAUAUAGAAAGUGCAAUUACAACAUACCUCCACACUUGCAAGUUACCUGAACUGGCUACACGGGCUACAUUCCUUAGCACUGAAUGCUUAAAAGCUAAAGGUUUGUAUCGGGAUGCGGCUACACAAUUUAUACGUAUGCCAAGUGAGGCUGAUUUGCCAAGUGCUUUAUGCUUAGAGCAGGCUGCGUAUUGUUACAUUAACUGCAAGCCUCCUAAAGUACGGAAGUAUGCUUUUCACAUUAUUCUUGCUGGACAUCGCUUUAGUAAAGCUGGACAGAGAAAACAUGCACUAAGAUCCUAUAAACAAGCUGAGCAGGUUUAUAGUAAAGUUGGAUGGAAUUUUGCAAAUAAUCAUAUCAAUUUUACCAUUGGACGUCUUUCUGUGCAAUUAGAUCAACUUGAAAGUGCUUGUGCAGCAUUUGAACCUCUUCUAGUGUCAAAAUGUCAGCUUCCUGCUGCUGAACAAGCUAAUUACCUCAGGGAAUAUCUAUUCGUAUUGAAACGACUGAUGAAUCAGAAGCAAGGCAAUGACCUUCCAAUUCUACCUGUUCCAUUAAUAAAUUCUGAAGCCACCAAGAUUCUUUUAGCAGAAGAUUCUGUGACUGUUAAAAAAGGGGAACCUUUCAAUGUGAGAGGCCGAGGUUUUGAUCGAGGUGAUAUCAAUAAUCAUAUAUGGUCCAAAUUGGAAGAAAUAGUUGUAACCCGAGCCCUUAAUGUUGCUGCUUUUACUCCUCAACUUCAGUGCUUUACUGGAAAAACUGAAAAUAUGGUUAAACCAAAUGCUAUUGUUGGAGAAACAAUAAGUAUAGAAGUAGUUAUAAGAAAUCCUUUGUCUGUUGCAUUAACAAUAGAUAAUGUUUAUCCACUGUGGACAUUUUCAUCUCAGACUGAUCCUGCGAGUGGUAAGGAACCGAUUACAGUUUCAAACGAAGUGGAUUUUAGUAAGGCAAUGGUAUUAAAUGCUGUUGUUGAAACUAGAGUUCUUCCCCGUGUCACAUUUGAACCACAUCAAGAGAAAAAGGUUCAUCUUCUACUAAUUCCCCAGCAAAUUGGUGAACUAUGUAUUAAAGGUUUAGCAUAUAGUCUAUUGGCUGUCAAGACUCAAGAUUUAGAGCCAUCUUCUGAUGCCACAAAUCAGAUUUCAAGUGCCAUUAUAUCACUUCAAGGAAAGCAGUGCUUUAGCAUAAAAGGUCCACGCCUAAAUAAGCAUGCAAAGGAACGUGUGGCAAAAUUUUAUGCCGAAGAUAAUAGACUGAAUGUAAAUGUAUUGAGCCCAAUGGCAAAACUUCAGGUAGAAUUUCAAACAUUUCCUUAUUCUCUCUAUUGUGGAGAAAUUCAAAAGGUAAUUGCAAAAUUUACAAAUAUUGGUAAACAUAUACUGCACAGGAUAAUUAUUGCUUCACCAACACCGGGAAUAUUUGCUAUUGGAAUCCCAGGUGAAUGCAUUGAUUCACCUAAUAUGUUUAAAGAACUGACGUCUUCCAGACAGCAGUCUCCAGUGAUAGCAAAAUGGGAGUCAGAUUGGAUGACGGAAGUGUUGAUGCCUGACGGAGAACCUUGUGUGCUAGAUUCAGGAGCAUCUAUAGAAAUUCCAUUUUGGUUCAAAGGUCCUGAAACUCCUGGAGAUUAUGACCUUGAUCUUUUAUUUUAUUAUGAAAAUGAACCAUCCAAUCAUAAACUGAGAUAUCGCCUUCUUCAGCUUUCCAGUGUUCUUGUCACACUUCCAUCUGUGUAUGUUCAAUCCAAAGCUAUGAGGAGCUUUUGCUCGGAAGAUAAGUUAUCAAGUUUCCAUCCUGCUGCUGUACCUACUAGUUUGAUACUCUCUGUAGAAAUUAGUAACAUCAGCCAAGAACUCAAUCAAGUCAGCCUUAUACAAAUAUCCUGCAUUAGUAAAGAUUGGUGUUUUUUGCCAUAUGAAGAUAAUUGCCGUAGAGGUUUGUCUGUGAUACACCCUGAAGAAACACUUCUGUUGACAUUAAAAGCCAUUGGCUUUGAUCCUAAAUUAACAGUGUCUAGUCAAAAAGUGAAAGUGUUUUCACACGUUCCUGUGGGCAGAGUUGAGGUUGAUAGCAGUUCUACACCAUGCUCUGAUUUCAGUCAAAAGUCCGGACUUGAUCUUCAAGCAAUACUUUCUUGUGAUACUGCAGUGUCAGUCAAAGAAUGCAAUAAGUUGAAAGCUGAAACUGAUACAGUUCUUCUUCUAGUGGUGAUAUGGAAGGCUAAAGUUAAAAGAGAUGACAUUGAUAUAAUUAUCACUGGGCAGCAUCAUGUACCUAUAUACACACUUGAACCUUCAAAUAUUACAGCCAAAACUCCAUCAAUUGAACAAGUUGAGGACAUUCCACCUCUAAGCCAAGAGUCAGAAGUUGUUCAAUUACAGAGUAAUGUGCCUUCGGAUUUAACAAUAAAUUCAAUGUUAAAAUGCUCUUUAAUUCACCCUUUCCAUGUGCAGCACAAUUUCAAAGUUAAAAGGGUUAUUAUAGUUCCUGUUGAACUGAUAGUGCGUAGUACGAGUGAUACUGAAUUGAGGAUAUUUGUGGACAAUUCAUUUCAUUAUGAUACUACAACUGCAGUCAAUGAUGAGAGCUACAACCACAUAUCUCAACGUUUUUCAUGGGUUAGUGGAAUCAAGAGAGAAGUAGUAAUAAGGCCUCACAGUACAGUGCAACUUCCUCUGCAAGCUAUGUUUUGCUCCCCAGGAACUUACAAUCUAGGCAAUUUAAAUAUACUUGUAAAUCUUGGCAAAGAUUCUCUAUCUGUAUAUCCUUUGCCACCUUAUUUAAUUGUAAUCAGUUUGUGUGAUACUACAUAACACUUAAUUAGUGUGUGUAAUAUUAGAUAACAAUUGUAAUUAGAACUGGAAAUUAUGUACAAUUGGAAUUAUAAACUUGAUAAAGUCAUUUUGACAUAUACAUAUUGUAUGAAUAUAUAAAUAGAAAUAUCAUUACUUGUUAUAAUGUUGCUCAUAUUUUUAAUUAUAAUAUAGUUUCUCUGUAAUUAUCAGGAAUUCUUUCCCUUGUUUUCAUUUGUUUUAAAGGAUGAAUGGAAAAACAUAUUUUUGAGCUAGAAGGAUAAAUAUUCAUUUGUAAUGGACAAUUUUUGUAUACAAAAAAAAAAAAAAAAAAAAAAAAAAAAAACUGUAGCA